CGGGCCAACAAACUACCGCGAAACUUAGAAUCUAUUUGUCAUAAAAUGUCUUGUAUUACAAUUGAAAUGGCAGAUCGAAAUUCUCGUUAUUUAAAAACUAUUUGUAGUCAACCAUUCUUUGAUAAUUUGUAAUUAGUGUUACGACAAAGGUAAAACUGUUCGUUAAUUGCAUAACAACCAUUAUAAUUCGGAAUUUGUGAAAUAACAUAAAUAGAGACUGUGUAAACACAAAUUUGUUCGUGAGUUAUAGUGUCAAUUAUUAAAAUUGUUAGUAUCGAUAGUAUCCAAUAUUAUUUGCUUGUUUGCUUGCUCAAAGAAAUAAUUUAAAUAAUAAUUAUUUCCGACUAAUGGGAUAUUUAAUAGUAAAGUGACAGUGAUAUAACCUCGAAUAUGUAAGCAAACAUUAGAUUUUCAAUGUACUGCAAUGGAAUUAAAGCGUUAGAAUUGUAGUACAUUUAUUAAAAAUGGCUGAUGUAAGAUUACUUAUACAAGAAGAAGGCCGUGCAGCUAGAAAUUUGAUAGCUUUCAAUGUACCAGUCGGGACAGUUAACACUGAGAAAGUUACUAAAAAACCACCUAGUGUACCAAGAAUGUCACAAUCGAGUACAACUAAAAGAUCUAUGAAACCAACAACAAGAGUGAGAUCGGCGUCUACUGGUCGAGAUAAAAAAUCUGAAUUACAGGCAAGAUAUUGGGCCUUUUUAUUUGGGAAUUUGCAAAGAGCAGUGGAUGGGAUUUAUCAAACUUGCGAAGAAGAUGAAAAUAUUUCAGAAUGCAAAGAAGUAAUACUGGUUUUAGAGAAUUAUACAAGGGAUUUUCAUAAUUUGAUUGAAUGGUUUAAAGUCAAAUGGGCUUACGAAAGUUCGUCACCACCCUUGAGACGUACUCCGUUAGCUUGGGAAGUAAGGAAAACUUCUCCUUGUCGCAUAUGGAAUUCAACAAUGAUUCCGAAAUGUACUAGUCCUUUGCAAAGGAUGAGUCCUACAGAAUUUAUUUGUAGAAGUCCUGUUGAUCAAACUAUUUCAGAAAAUAAGCCUAUUACUACGGAUAGUAAAAUAAAUAACGUGAAAGGCGAAUCUGUACACAAAUUGGUGAAAGAUAAUAAAAGUACUGUUACAAAAAGUAACUUGACAAACGUAAGCGAAAAGUGUAAAAAUCCAGUAGAUAAAGGUAUAAGCUCAUCAUCGAUUAAAGACAAGUUAUCAUCGAUGAAAGUCAAUAAAGCUUUGGUAAAACAUACAGUUUCUGGGAAAACAAGUGGUACCAUUAUAACAGAUCAGAAAGCAAACGAAGCUACGUUUCGUGAUGUAAAAAGUAAGCUGGAUACUAAAAAUGUUUCUAAAUUAGUUAAAAAUGGAUUGCAUAAUAGUACCAAUAAAAUAGCAGAUUCUAAUCUAAUAAUAGAAAAAAAUGAACAGAUACUCUCUAAUGAUAAAAGUAUGCAAUUAAUUACCUUUUCAUCAACUGAAAAAGAACUUUCUAAUACGACUACUAUGGAUAAUAAAUUAAAUGCUCAGAAUAAUUUCCAAGUGAAACCAUUGGGUCCUAAAAACGAUUUAGGAUUAGGGAAAAAUGAAAUUAAUGCUAAAGUGAAGAAACAAGGUACUGGAAAAGAUAUUAAAGCCAUUGGCAUAGAAAAUGUAACGACUGAAAGCAAAUUAGUAGAACCCAAUAGUAUAGCAAAAGAAAACAGCAGUAUCAUUGUAAUGAACAAGAGCAUACAAAGUAUCGCAAAAGUUUCAAAUAAAGUAAAUCAAAAAUUAAAAACCCAUUCAGGUGUGAGCGAUUGCGCGAAUAAUAAAAUUGUGGCAAAAACUGUAUCUGACACGUCAUCUAAUAAUUUAGGUAAAGGAUUAGUUAAUACAAAUAAACCAGCAUAUGCAACAAUAUCCCAAAUGAAGGUUGCUAGAACAAAACAAGCAAGUCUCCCUGAAACUCCCAAAUUUAUUCGAAGUAAAACAACAUUAUGCGAUAGGAAUGUAUCAACUUCUAAUAAAAUAAGACCUGGAACAUCAGUAAUAGUUAGGCAACGCUUUCAACCAUUUGACAAUAAGAUUUCAGAACAGAGUUCUUUAAAGAAAGAUCAGAAUAAAGAUAUAAAUGGUUCGGUAGAAGUGUUAACGAAACAAACGGUUACUGUAAAAAUGAAAGAAGAAAACGAUGGUUGGCAAACAGUUCGCAGUCGUUGCCGAAGAGGCAGUACUCAUAAUUUAAAUAUAUCUACAAGAUUUCAUAAACCGAGUACUGCCACUUCGUUACCAGCCUUGUCCAUCGAAUGUCCUUCAGAAAAAAAUAAAAAGAAAUGUUUGACACCCGAUGGAAAUAGCAAACAGAAAAAAAAGUGCAUUGUAGAAAAGGAAGGAAAGAACAUAUGUAACGAAGUAGAGAAAGUGAAAGGGGAAUCAGUAGCAAGUCUUACACUUAAAGAUAAGGUGGAAGAAGUUUUCAAGAACACGAUUAAUUUGAAUGAAAUAAAUUCCACGUCAAUGAUCGCAGCGAUAUUUAAGAGUGACGCAGAAUUACUUGAGAAACGUAUACAACAAUUUAUGGCCGCUCAAGCGGAAAGGGAGAGAAUAAUUUUGGAAGAGGAAAGAAAGACAGAAGAAGCUGAUUCUCAGCGGUCACAGCAAUUAUCGGAUGAAGAGGCUUCUUUGCAUAGACAAAUUUUAGAAUUAGAAUGCACGGAAACCGAUGUUGAUACAGAAACUGAUGAAACGGACGGCGAGAUGGUUCUUGAAAUAGAAGACGAGCAAGAGGCAUCACCUAAUACAGUGUCUGACGAUAUUAGUUUAGAAAAUAGGUGUGUAUCAUAUUCAUUGCAUUUAUACUUUAUUUUGCUGCAUAACGAAUGUAAUGUGAAUUUUUAUAGAUAUGAUAACGUGUUAGAUGGAAUGUCUUGGGCGGAGUGUGUGGAUACCCUUGCUCAAUUACAUGCAUUAGUGGCUCGCCACCCUGGUAGAGCUUUAGAAUUGCAUCAGAAGCUCUCGUCACCGUCGCGUAAAAGAUCGUUACCUGAGACUUUACGACGAUAUCAAACGAAACAAGCUUGCGCGCAACAUAAACGCCAAAAGCUCUUGAUGGAGAAAUCGCAAAGAUUGCGAGAAUUGUUGAAUAAAGUGAAAGAUGUUAAAAGUGCAAAGAAUCAGUUGAUAGAGGACAAGCGUAUCAGAAUGGAGAUGAAAUUAAAAAGAGCGGAAGAAAAUAGAACGCAGCAUUUGUUAGAAGUAGUAAGAAAAGCACACGACGAGGACUCCAAACUGAAAGAAAUUGCAUUUAUCAACGAGCUUGAAGCGCAGAACAAGAGGCAUGAUUUUAUAGCGUUAUGUCAAGAACAAGAAGAAAGAUUACAAGGAAUUCAUGAAGAACGCCAACGUCGACAAGAAGAAAAAGCAGCUAAAGAAGCAGCAGCUGAGGAGCGCAGACGAGCUUUAGAAGCGGAAAGACAGCUACGCAUUCAGAAAAUGAAACAAGCUCGUCGCGAACGCGAAGAAAGAGUGGGCAAAAUGCAGCUAGAAAGAGAAAAAGAACGACAGGAACUCGCGCGAGAAAAAGCCAGAGAUCGAGAAGAACGUUUGUCGGCAUUGCACGCAGCUCAGUUAGCAAAUCAAGAAGAAUUACAGAAGAAGAUAGCUCAAAAGCAGCAAGAAUCGGCUAGGAGACAUGUUGAGAAUAUUGAGCACAUCCGACAAAGAGCAGUCGAAUCUUCGAUUUUGAGGUCAGAGGAAGUGCCACCUACCCUGAAAUCGUACCCUACCCAAAAACAGUGCUCUUUAUGCGGAACAGUCAUACCCAAUGAAGUUUAUUUAUUAAGCCAUUUAAAAGGGAAGACGCAUCUCGAAGCAGUGCGGAGUACACACGAUGGUCGGGAACCAUCUCGAGACGAGUUACAGCGCUUCAAUAUAUCGCAAAUUCGCGAUUUGCCGCCUUCAGUGAUCGAAAAUAACAAUUCGAAUGAUGUCAAGGCUGCGAAAGAGAAGCAGAAAGCUUUGAAACGUCGGUGCAGGAAAAUGAAGCAGCGAAUGAUUUUACGCGGUAAAGAAUGGGAAGAUGAUCACAAAGUUGACGUAAACCAAUCCACCGAGUCGACAAACAAAGCAAAGUUUCGACGGAAUUUAAAAGAACUGGAUCGGUUGUACUGUAACCACUCGAAAACUGCGUGGUCAAGCGUCGCCAUUGCUGCAUUGGAACGCUGUCUAGGUGAAAUAACACGAGCUUUCUCAAAAUCGUGUCCAUUGGAUCAAAACGCGUUUCGACUUUUGAAUGGAUUCGAUGUUUUAACGAAUCUCCUACAUCUGGGCCUGCAAAUGCAAAACGCGUCCCAUAAUCUUCCAAACAAAAGCAUCGUUUCGGUGUGCCGAGUGUACAAGUUUAGCGUCAGCGAAAAUAGCAGUAACAUCGAAGCAGUUUUAUCGAGUAACAAAAUUCUGGUCAUCCUGGAUCUUCUACUUCAACACUUGGAGAGCCUGUCGAAACUGGACGACCAUAUCCAGGUCCAGGAAGCAUCGAGUAACUCGACCGGAAGCGGAAUCGUCGCUAACAGCGUGAUGCAAUUGCUGUGCAGUUUGAUCCCCGAGGAGCCGUUUGAGAAAUCGGAACUGCAGACACGGGUGCAAGAUAUCGCCGGAUAUCUGGUGGCAGGUGGCCUGGUGGAUCGAGUGUCCCGCCACAGUCGCGCUCUGAUCGAGGCUGAGUUUUUCGUGGACCAGGACCACGAAUCGCCACUUUUGAUAUCCUCCUACGAUCUUCUGUUCCGCAUCUGUUCCCACCUGAAGAAACCUCCGGACCAGGAGUCUGGCAGCGUUCACGAGAACAACAACAGCGUGGAACAGACGAGCGUAGAAUCACACCUUCUCGCGACGCUGUCCUCAACCGAGGCUGCAGGUGCCAUUGGCGCACUUUAUGCAGCGGUCGCGCUCACCCCACAGAAUCAGAAGGGGUCGUCGCCGACUCCUAACCAGACCACGAUGCCCCAGUCCACGAGGGUUCUGAUCGUCAAGUGCCUCAGGCUACUCAAGUCCAUUGCAGGGCUGAAUCUUUUGAGAUUACAGAAUCUGUUAGGAAUGGAAGGUACCAGUUUGCAAUGGCGACUGAUAGCUAGUCAUCUGAUAACUCGAUUAUCACGGGAUCCAAUAUCGCACAAGCCGGAAAUUGGAUCUGCGCAGAACACUAGUAGUACUUACAUCCUGUCGGAACUGUUCCAGGUUCUGGGGUAUUUUGCAGUUAACAACCCGGAAAAUCAGUUAAUACUGCAGUCGGCUGGGGUUGGUCCAAGCGUUCUACAGCAACUGUGUACUUUGCCGUUUCCGUUUUACGGUGCUCCAGGACUGACGUCGUACAUUUUCCCAACACUAUUGGCGGCCACGCAUCGAAACGGAGAGGCGACGGCCAUUUUGUCUUGCGAAAUGUCUUAUCAGUUACUGGAAGAGUACAGAGAUUCAGACGACGGCAAGCUGAAUCCUUUGGUUCGUCUACUGAAGGACCCGAGUCCUUAGGCGUUCCAGCCAGAGUUGGGUUAGUCUGCUUGAGUUUCGUCGAGUUUCUUCGUUACACGCCACGAAUGUCACGUGGACGUUAAAACGCUGGACCAUUAACUCGUAUUCCGUUUGGAAACGUCGGACAGGAGAAAAUUGUUGUUAGGUACGUCCAUCGUUAGUUGAAAAGCUGUUGCAUUUGCGCGCCUCGAGGCUGGGACUCGAAGGCGACUAUCUUUAUCAAAUGCACACUCGCGAACAGUGUCGAGACGUUAAGAGUGAUUAGCGACGUAUACUUGGAGGCAAAAUUUCUACCCAGUCGAAUCUCUACCAAUCAAUCGAAAUGACAAUCAAUCGAAGGGUUUUUGCAGAAAGUGACACAGACAGAGAGGGGCUGCUCGAGUUCUGUUGGACUUGAAAGUGCUGCUGACAAUCAAUUACGUGGUCAGAAAAUAAUUCCUGAUAUCAUUGUGGUAUCGAUAGCACUCCCGAAGAUAUUACUUCACUCACUAAUAAAAUCUUUUCCUCGUUAAUCGAGCUGUCUUCACACUCUGACUUAUUCUUUGUAUUUCGAUUUUCGAAAUUCUGAAAAGAAUUCUGAAAAGAAAGACUCUGAAAAGAAUUCUGAUCCUAACAUUUCUGAGCCCAAUGUUCCAAAUGAAACUGCAUCAAUCGAUAUCAAAAUGAUAACAUACAUAAUUUUCUCAAGUUAGCAGUACUUCCAGAACAAUAACGUGUUCCGAACUUCGAUCUCGUGAUACGUGGUAUUUGAAUAGCAAUAGGGACCUUGAAAAGUAUUUUUUUACUCGUGUAGAAAACACGACGAUACUGUGAUAAUUUUCUACGCUCGAAUUCGAGAUGGAUGGGCGGGGCGAAUUAUUUCGUAGAGCUUUGUUUUUCUGGAAAACGAAGUCUUUUCCAGUCGUCUAAAGAUGACUUUUCUUAACGUUAGCUUUUUUAGAUAUAUAAUCGUUGUGAUUUCUCGACGAAUUGUUAAAUUGGUCGAUUAAUUGAAUGGUGUAUAGUUUGACACAUUAGAAACGGUCCCUGGUAGGCGUGGCCUGUGCGUGGUGAGAGUGAAACUGGGUGUGGUCUGUGGGCAGUAGGAGGUGAACCUGGGCGUGGCCUGUACGCGGUGAGGUUGAACCUGGGCGUGGCCUGUACGCGGUGGGGUUGAAACUAGGCGUGGACGGUGCGCGGUGAGAGGUGAUCCUAGGCGUGACCUGUGCGUGGUGGGGGUGAAACUGGGCGUGGUAUGGUGAACCGUCACGCUUUUUUUGCUUCUAUUUGGGAGAUCCGAACUUGAAAUUGAAGUUCUUCCACCGUGGUCUUUCUGAGGGGUCUUUUCUGAGUUGUCGAGCUGUAACUUUUAACGUAGUCUCAUUGUCUUAUAAGUUGGGAAAAUGGUUUCCCCUUUAUAAGCUUGAUUUCACGUUACCUUAUAUCUAGUAGAACAACAUAAAAUUUUUAUUUAUCUUUGUUAAACUUGUAAUUGUUCUCAUCUUUCGGAUAUUCGUUUAGAGAAAUUGGAUGAUACAACUAGUCAGUCCUACUGUUUUCUUUUUACAUUUAAUGAAUUUAAUUUUCUCUUGGAACUUUACAUAAUUUUGUAAAGAUGACGUUGAUUCUUUUUUGUUAAUUACUAUAUUGUGUUAGCCUUAUAUAUUCAGUUUAAUAGUUUAAUUCUUUAUCUUUUGUUUUAUUAGAAGUAGUCUCGUACUUGGAUAAUUCGAAAUGGAGAAAAGGGAAAAUGCAUUUUGAAAUCAUUUGAAAAAUGUGAAAAAAAAAGUAAAGUAGUUAUCAUUAGGCAUUAUUCAUAAAUAGCGUUAGAGUUUAAUCGAUAAUGAAUUAUAUUUUCGUUAAAUGGAAUGUGACGAAGAAUUUUUAUUUUUUAUCUUAAUGAAUUUCACUCUUCCUUGGAAGAUCCGAUUUGAAAACGAGGAGCGUUUCGCUUGAACAGUCAACUGAAUUGCGACUGAAGGAUCGAUUUGUUUCUGUACAAAAACUCUUCGAUUUUCUUUCAAUCUCGUGAUGGACGCACGUAAGAAAACAAUUUUCGUGCGAGUUUCAGAGAUCGCCGUUGAAAUUGCCAGUUAUUUGCUGAGCGUAAUCGAAAUUUAGCACCAUUACCAACUGUCUCUUACGAGGCAACGAAUCUCUUUAUUUUACAUUGCAAGAAAUCGGCUUAAACGGAUUCGCGAUUUACGAUUUACGAUUGUAAUUGUUUAUUGUUUGGAGCUGGAGAGAUUACCACGAAAUAAAGGCUUUUUACCUGUGGUUCUCUCGCACCUGCUCAGGUUAUGAAUUUACCUGAGAUUUACAAGAUGUUCCUUUAUAAAAAAACGAAACAAAAUUAUUUAAAAUUAAUUAUUACUGUCAUUCAAAAUUAAUGCGGAUCUUUAUGGCAACAUAAAUUGUUUGCAAAUGUACCUAAAGAAAUUGAACCUAAAUAGGAAUUUAUUUUAUUCUGCAAAUAUUAUAACGUGAACUUUACUUUCAAUGUUUUGUUUAUAUUCAUGGCAUAUUGUUCGCAUUUUGUGGUUUCUUGAACAUUCAAAUUUCCUAUAAAUUAAUGUGGAUCUUUAUGGUAAAUUAAAUUGUUUGCAAAUGUAACUAAAAAAAUUGAACUUAAAUGGGAAUUUAUUUUACUCUGCAAAAAUUAUAUUUUUACUUUCAAUGUAUUAUUUAUAUUCAUGCAUAUUGUUUGCAUUUUGUGGUUUCUUAAACAUUCACAUUUCCUAUAAAUGCAUAAAGAUACCAGUUUAUUUAUAUUACCGAGCGUCUCUCGUAAAAAAGAGUAUAAAUUCAACCAACAGAUGGCACUUCCCAUAGACCUUGCUCCACCCAUAAGGCGUGGCUAAUACCUCGACCAAUAGGGCCCUGCAUUCCUUCCGCGACAGAUCUCUCCAGCUACCAACAGUACAUUCGAACGUUUCUUAGUGCACUCAUUUCUCUUAUUUUCACGCGUGCCAACAAUUCGUGCAAAAACGUGUCUUUUGAACGGGCCUUUUACACAUCGUUAGAAUUAGAACGAUGCUAAUCCAUGUGUGUGUAUGUGUGCGUGUGUGUGUGCGUAUGCGUGCAAACCGUACCAAGACGGUAUUCAAAUUUUUUUUUAUCAUGUAACGUGUUUUACAUAAUAGAAAUAAUUACAAGCUUUGUAUUACGUAAAGUGUGCUAAGUUGGAAAUGAAGUGAUGAAGUGGUCUGAAAAAGGGAAAAAAGGAGCAGAUUUGAUGAAUUUAAAUAAAUGAAACACGAACGGUAGUCGAGAUCGUAAGUAUUUAAAUAACGAAUCGAUGGUUUAGUUUACAAAGUUAUUCUUUUUUUAUUUGUGUCGCAUUUUACAGCGCAAGUACGCAGAAAUAUGGGUGCCUGGGAAGCGCACAUCCUUUUUCCUCCCUCGUGUUACGUUUCGAACGACCGUUUAGGGUGUUUCGGAAAGAUUCCGGUAGUUGAAUUUUGACUUGUAAGAAUUUUUACUGAAACGUGUUUAGAUGAAUUCUGUACUCAAAGUCAGAUGUAAACUUUGAUUUCAUUGGAAUAUGUGUUCUGAAAUGUUAAUUUAUAGGGUACGUAGAAUUUUGUUCUCUGUUAUUAUUUUUAUUUAACGGCAUACAGUAAUGUAUAUUUUUUUAUGUUUACCGCCGAAUGUCGAACCGUAGACAAGGGGAGGGAGUAAAGAAGAGGACGAGAGGAACGAGAACAUUGAGGCAUGUCGGUGAAACAAUUGAAUGCAACGAUGAAACUUUCUUAUUAUUAACUUUUUUGUUGUAAAACUUUUACCAUCAUAUUUCUGGGAUUUUUCUGAUUAAAAUGAGUCCAAACACGACGUAAUUCGCAACAUAUUUACUUGUAACAACUUAUUAUGUAGCAUAUAUCGUAGAACAAUUACUAAAAAACAUAAAUGGUAAAUAUCGUCCGAAUUAUAUCGUUUUUGGUUUCAUUUUAAUCAGAAUGAAACCAAAUACGGUGUAAUUCGUAACAUAUUUACUUGUAACAGCAUUGUGUAACAUUAUGUACCAUUAUGUAUCAUUUAUCGUAGAAUAAUAACUAAAAAAAGGUGAAUGGUAAAUAUCGUCCGAGUUAUAUCGUGUUUGGUCUCAUUUUAAUCAGAAAAAUGUCAGGAAUAUGAUGAUAAAAGUUUCACAACAAAAAAGUUUCAUCGUUGCAUUACAUUGUGUCACCGACAUAUCUCGGUGUUUUUCGCUCCGUCCUCUUCUUUACUCGCUGCCCUUGUCUACGUUCGACACUCCUGCAGCAAACAUCAAAGAAUAUACGAAGUCUGCCAUAAAUGCACUAGUUUAAUCCCGAGGUAUAUCUCAAGAGGUUGAUCUCCCAUUGGGGGAGCUGGUUUCUGUGCACUUAUCGUGGACAAAUCUGUGCGUCUAACGAGACAUUACUGUAUACAGGGUGUCCCAAAAAUGGUGGAGGUCCUUGAAAGGGAUAAUUCAGGGGGUGAUUUGAAACAACUUUUUCCUUAAUGAAAAUGUUGUUUCAAAUCAGCUCCCGAACCACCCCUUUCAAGGACCUCCAACAUUCUUGGGACACUCUGUGUAUAUUCUUUGUUUUCUCAACGAGAUCGCGUAUGAAUAUUUUAUAGAGAUGAUUUAAAUAAAGAUUUAUUUUCUAAGAAACUUCAAGUAUAUUAAUUCGGACGUUUGCACGUUACAUAUAUAGAAACGAAAUAAUAUUCAAGUAAAUAUUUAUUCUCGGACGAUAUAUGAGUUCAUUGUGGUACAGUGUACGAUUAUUUAUUGAUAGGAGAAAAACGAAUGUGAGUGUAUUUAUGAGGUACAGGUUUCAGUGGCUGCAGCGAGCGCACUCGUGCAAUGUCCUGCCAAUGCAAUUAAUAUUCAAGUAUUAUACACGUAUACAUAUAUAUAUAUUUAGGAAAUAUUUAACGGCGUAUCAAAGAAAGUCGAUCAAGAAUCGCGUAGGUUUACGGUAAUGUAAUCAUGCUGUAAAACUCUUGUCGCUCCCCCACAGCUGAAUCGAAGAAACUUGGCUGAGGGCUGUCAUUUUUUAUUUAUUCAUUGUUAAUUAACCUUGUCGCGUUGAAUCAGUCGACGGAAGAUUUUAUUUACAUCUUGUAUAUUCUAUUAUUUUCAUUAGUAUCGAUUAUUUGUUUUUUCUUUAUUUAUAAAAGGAAGUAAUUUAAUUUUCAAUAACGUCGACUCGAGAAGAGAGCCUGAUUUGUGGAACGACAACAUUUUUACACCAGUUCGACGUAGGAACAAUAAAUAAUUACGCAAUAAAUUGUAAAGCUUGAGAAGUUAGAGGUAGAACGACUCUUCAGCCGUCGAUUCGCUCGAAUAAAGAUAUUAUUUGCGAUUGAACAAAGUGAUUGAACAUAGAACUUUGAUUGGUCGACAAUCAGCCGAUUAAAAAAAUAAAUGGUAAAAUAACAAACUAUUUUCAAUCGCAUGUACUGUAUUUACUCGAUUUGUAUCGCAAGCUAGUUGCCGCUCGUCACGUAAAAAAUAAAACAUAUUUUAUCAUCGCUAAAUAUUAACGAUUAAGGUGAAAUUAUUCUGAUCGAAGCGAUUACGAUCCAUUUAUUUUUUAGGCAACGUGGCUCAAUUGUUCAGCACGACGCUCUCAAGCGUUUCGGUAUCUGCGAUUCGAUGCGAGUAUAAAAGUUUUAUAAUAAAACACAAGCAUGCGACUGCGCAUUCACCUUGCGCAAAAGCGACGCGUUCACAUUGCGCACGCGUGCUCGAAAGUUUCGAUCGAACGUUUUGUGAUUACUUUUCCACGAUUGUACUUUCGCCUUGUUCGCACUAAGACUAUCGAUCGGUCCAUCGACGAUGGAUCCAGGGAACGAUGAUCAUGCAUACGCUUUGUACGUUUCGCUAGAAGUAGUAACGCAUCGAAGUUGCAAUCAAUAAAUUUCGAUGAGA